GCAAUUCAUUGAGCUUGAACGUGAUUGAUUUCAUCGAGUCGCCGGUUGGUCGGCUCAGUUGUAACAUGUAACCGCCUUGCCUCACUUCUGGCAUCAAUGUUUGGUCCACACUGAGUAAAUCUGUUGACAUCCAUUCUGGCUUGAUGGCGGCGCUUGUAACCCGGACAACUUCUAACCACAAACGUACAAGUUCGGCUUCAUCAUGCCAUCGUAUAAAAAGCCAGCCCAAUCAUAGAACCUUUAAUAUUCUCAGCCGCAGUACACCGCUGAAGCUCGCGUAUCCCCAUCGGCUGUCGAAAGAUGUACCACAAGUCGCUUUUCCCCGACCUGCCAAAGGUCCCAGAAUCUAAUGUUCACCACCUGAUAUUGAACCGGCCUGACCAGCAGGAGUGGCCAGAUUACACAUUGUUCGUGAAUGCAGCUACUGGCCAGCGGCGUUCGUUCAGGGAGUUUGUCGAACGUGUCCGCGAUGGUGCUACUGCACUGGGCGCUGAUGUGACGCAAGGUGGUCUGGGUCUUCGUCCAGAAAAUGGAGAUCUCGUAGGCGUUUUGAGCGAGAACUGCCUAGACUAUGCAACCUUGCUGCAUUCCCUACUGGCUAUCACUGUCCCCUUUGCGUUGCUCCCAUCCUCUUCAACGCCGCACGAGUUCAAACACGCCAAUUCGCUCGCGCAGGCGACUAGGAUCUUUACCAGUUCCUCGUUACUGCAACUCGCAUUGACUUCAGGUCUCCCAGCAGAUCGGAUUCACCUCCUACAAGGAGAGAACGCAGGCCAUACAAGCUAUGAUCAACUCAUCUCUUCUGCUCGAAAGAAUGGUAUUCCACGUCUGCCAGUCUGUCAUGCUACCAAGGACACUCUGGCCUACCUGGUCUAUUCCAGUGGAACAAGCGGUCCUCCUAAAGCCGUCAUGGUAUCCCAUGGAAAUAUCACUGCUGUCACCCUCUCAACAAUGGUAACCGGUAUGGAAAUGGGUAAAAUUCAGGAUCCACCAAUAUGGAACACCCCUGAUGGGCUACAAGUAACAUUCGCUGUCCUUCCGCUCUAUCACUCUAUCGGCCUUUACAUGACCACUUUCUUCAACUUCUUCAAUCCCGGCACGACUGUCAUACUCCCGAAAUGGGACAUCAAUACAUUCUUUGACAUCAUCCCUAAAUACCAUAUCACGACCCUAGUCCUCGUUCCUUCCCUUGUACACCAGCUCGUCCACCAUCCACGCUUUAAAACCACUGACAUGACCUCGGUUAAGUCAAUCGGAAGCGGCGGCGCAUACCUCCCGCCCCAGCUCGCCGACCAGGCUCGCGCCCGUUUCACAGACAUACCAAGAGUUACUGAAGGUUAUGGCAUGUCCGAAUUCACGAUGGCUAUCGCCAUGAAGCCCAUCCCUGGGAUGCUCGAUGGACGCGCCAAAAACAAGCCCGGUUCUGCCGGAAUACUCGGCCCCGGUAUCGAAGCCCGCAUUGUCCGUCCCGAUGGGUCCUUGGUGGGCCCGAACGAGGCGGGCGAACUUUUCGUUCGCGGAGGUGCUGUGACGCUGGGAUACAAAGGAAACGACAAGGCCACUCGGGAAACGUUUGUCGAUGGAUGGGUGCGCACGGGCGACCGGAUACGGAUAGAUGAGGACGAGGUGCUUUUUUUCGAAGACCGCACCAAGGACACGCUCAAGAUCUCAGGGGUGCAAGUUUCUCCCGUCGAAAUCGAGGGCACGAUCUUGGCGCAGCCCGACAAGCUCGUCACUGACGUGAGCGUCGCGGGUGUUUCGGGUGGGCGUACCUCGGACGAACGCAUACCACGUGCAUGGAUCGUGUUAUCCCCCGCGGGCGUAGCGUUGGGUGAGAAAGAGGUUGUGAGACGACUCAAUGCAUGGGUGCAGGAGCGCCUAAGUCGGUUCAAGUGGUUGAGAGGGGGCAUUGAGAUUGUGGAGACGAUUCCGAAGUUGCCAACUGGGAAGGUGUUGAGACGGGUGUUGGUUGAAGGCUAUGAAAAACAGGUGAAAGUGAAUGCAAAACUGUGAAAUGUUAUGCAUGCCUGCUUCUCAUUACUGACCGAUGGGUGGUCAUCCUGCAACUUGCUAUCACGUUAUGUACUUGCUGUUUAUAUAUACCUGGAAAACGAAUUAACGUCGAUAAACCCUGACCUGGGGAUAGUGUGAAAUAGAAGCCGCUAGGCCAUGACUCGAGGGAUAGAUAGACAUAUU